GGUGCUUACCGUGCCGAGUACAUGUCUGUACAUGUCUGCACACUAUUUAGUCUGUGGACAGUUGGAUGUAUUUGCAGUAUAACCCAGACAGUGAGUGGUAUAACGGGCACCCAUCCUUGUGUUCUAGCAGACAGCAUGUUGGCUAAAGACUUGCUGCAUCCCUCCGCUGAUGAGGAGAGGACUUGCCAUAAGAAAAAGAGGUUGGUCCAGAGCCCAAAUUCCUACUUCAUGGAUGUGAAAUGUCCAGGCUGCUAUAAGAUCACUACGGUUUUCAGCCAUGCACAAACAGUUGUCCUGUGUGUAGGUUGCUCUACUGUGCUUUGUCAGCCCACAGGUGGAAAAGCCAGGCUCACGGAAGGUUGUUCCUUCAGAAGAAAACAACACUGAGCUCUUUCUUCAUAGCAGGACUGGAUUCUGCCGCACCUUACCCUCAGGAUGAUUUGCCUUAUGUCUGGUCUCGUGCACCACUUUUCUUGCUGUGGUAUAGUACAGUCUCGUUGGCUUUUGUAAUUCAGGGAGAUUUGUUUUUGCAGUUGGACUUUGAAUAUGUGCAAACCAUUUCCUAAAUAAAUGCAGAAUUGCAAUUGA